AUGAUAUCAGUAGCAUUUCAUGGAACAAGAGCAUAUCUUAUAGACAAAAGUCUUAUACCAAUAGUUUUGUUAUGGUUAGACCCAGUUGUUGGAUAUAACUUCAUAACAUAUGGUUCAUUCGAUACGGAACGUUGCAGUGAAGGCUUACUUUACAUCGUUCAGAAACCGAAGGACUUCAAUACAAAAAGAUAUAAGAUAGGAAGAACAUAUAAUAUAACUCAAAGAUAUGACAGUACAGUCAAUAGAGUCAAGGUUGUGUUUGUUAACGAUAUGAGAGCUGCUGAAACAGAACUACUUGAAAAGUUUGAGAAAAUGUAUGGUGCUCCCACGAAAGGUAAAGAAACGUUUGAAGUAGAUGAGAUAGGUAAAGCUAUAAAAUUAUUUGACGAAGUUGCUGAAAAAUACAUGUAA